AUGUAUGGCUUAGCGGAUCUACUUCCAAUUAUUGAUCAUAAAGAUAUAAGCAAGAAACUCAUCAUGGUACUUCCUGACGCGAUCUUUCCUACCGAAGUCAAUCCUGCUAAUGUAAAGCAGUUGGCAAGUGAUGUAACUGAUGCAUACGAUUACUUUAGGGCCCGGCUCUCCGCCUACAGCGCUAGAAUUGAAAAUAUAUGGUCGGAAAUGAAACGCAAAAAGCACUCAGAUCUCCUCGAUGUGGUUGGUCCGGGAAUUCUAUGUGUGCACCGUCCAGAUCUCGAUGGAUGGAAACUAAUAGAACUUCACUCGAACGACGAGCCGAAGAGAGUCUCUACACCUUAUACAGAGCAGGAUCGAGAGUCUGACAAGGUGAUUCGCGAAUUCAUAAAAGGCGUUGAUGAAAUUCCCGGCAGUGACUCUCCACCAACGUGGCAACCGGUCUUAAAAUAUACCUUCCCUCUCCGUCGUUAA